GUCCCUUGAAGAAUUUAUUAGGGUUUUGUUUCUCUCUUUCUUCUUCCUCCAUCCUUUUUUAUCUUCUUUUCAAAUCUCAUGGCAUGUUUAGACAUGUAUAACUCUGACCAUAAAGCUCAUCGCUACACUCCAGCGAGCCCUAGAAUUUCCUUCUCCAAUGAUUUCGUCGACUCCCAACAGGCUAUCAAGCAAGAAAGGAGUCCGAGAUCAGAGCCGCCUGCCUCCUCCGAUUUCGAGUUCUCUGUCACAAACUACUCCAUGAUGAGUGCGGACGAGCUUUUCUUCAAGGGAAAGCUCUUGCCCUUCAAAGAAACCUGCAGCAGCAACCAAAUGCCGAGGACUACUACUUUGAGAGAGGAGCUUCUUGUUGAAGAUGACGAAGAGGACGAUUCGACGUCGGUUAGGCCAGCCAAGGGAAGGUGGAAAGGGUUUUUGGGUCUGAAGAAAAACCAGAUUGGGUCAAAGAGAGCUGAGAGGAGCGAUGUGUCGAUGGAGAUUAGAAUUGGAGAAUGCAAGAGGUCUGGGAUUGUUCAUGAAGAAGCACACGUUAACAAGACUCCGCAGGAGCUCUUGGGUGAAGGAGGGCCAAGCUGCAGAAAUGUAAACAUUGGGAUAUAGAUCUGUUUAGAAGUUGGCGUUUGGCUGUUCUUUUGGUACAAAAUGUUUGCAGUUGAAGAACCUCAUCUGUGCAUGUGAUAAUGAUUGCUACAUCUUCAGCUCGUGCUUUUGGAUCUGCCCCUGUAACAUUUCUUUCACUUGGAUCUAUAUUUU